AUGAGGCAAUGGGAUGCAGUCACCCAAACAUAUAUGAAAACCAAAUUAUCUCAAAUGGAGUAUUACAGUUACCGCAUAUUUGAACGCACCGAAGAAUAUUCCACCAUCUUAAGAGCCAGAAAACUAUUUCAAGAGUUCUUAGUUGAUGCAUGGGAAGCGACAGAGCAGAGUAAGUUGGCAUGGCUCAGAUUCAACCAACCAACUUUGCGUUCUGACCAGUACAGUUGCAUUGCUGAUAUGACAAAUGCCGAUUUGAAUCUAGGUGAUAGAGCAUACAUGGUUGAUAGAUUUGUUUCUGCUGAAUUUCCUGAUGAGAAAAAUGACCCAAUACUAUUUGACACCAUUGGAACGAACCCUGAAGAGGUUGUUAAUCUGCCAUCGACAAUGGAUAGAUGUCAAAACAUGCAUGAGCUAAUAUCUUCGGUGUAUCCUCUGUUGGGAAUGGAUGAACUAAUGUCACCCGAAUACUUAACCGAGAGGAUCAUUUUAUCUCCACGUAACGAAGACGUCCAUAAGAUUAAUAUGGAUGCAUUAGAAAGAUUACAUGGGGAGACUUGCACGUAUUUUGCUGCUGACAAAAUGAUUCGGGAUGAUCAUGGAAGGGAUUCGGAUUUUACAACUGAAUUUCUCAACAAUUUAAGUCCACCAGGAUCACCUCCAUUUAAGCUAGACCUCAAAGUUGGAUGUCCCAUUAUGUUUCUGAGAAAUCUGGCACCAAAAGAAGGACUUUGUAAUAGUACAAGACUGGUGGUGACGAGGUGCGGACGACACGUGAUUGAAGCUAAAAUCAUAACUGGAGAAAAAGUUGGUGAAGUAGUAUUCAUCCCUAGAAUAACUUUUCAACCUUCAGCUUCAGAGCUAAACAUACAAAUGGAAAGACGUCAAUUUCCCAUACGCGUUGCAUAUGCGAUGACUAUUAACAAAUCCCAGGGACAAUCGGUGAAGUAUGUGGGCAUUGAUUUACGUACUCCAGUAUUUAGUCAUGGUCAGCUAUAUGUCGCAUUAUCCAGGUGUACUGCUGCAAGGAGAAUUACUUUAUUAUUUCCAAAUGAAUCAAAUGUGUCUGUAGAUCCGGUAACAAAAAAUGUAGUGUAUCCUGAAGUAUUAUUGUAG